UACCUGCAGCCCUUGAUUGCAGUAGAUCGAAUUGCAUCCGUGGCCAUCUCUGCUUGCGGCGAUGACAAAGCGUGUCGUCGUGGCUUCUGGCUACUUCAACCCUUUGCACUAUGGGCACGUGUCAUACCUUGAAAAGGCGCGGGAUCUCGGAACCAGCCUCAUCGUCAUUGUGAACAAUGAUAUUCAAGCCGCAAGAAGGCGGGCCAGCGCUGGACCGCACAUACCGGCACGAGAGCGCGUGAAGCUGGUCCGCUCGCUCCAGUGCGUUGAUGCUGCGUUGGAAGCGAUCGAUGAUGGCGAGUCCGUGGCUGAGACCUUGCGGUUGUUGCACCCGGACGUCUUUGCAAACGGCGGCGGCCAAAAACCCAACGAGCAGGAGCUCAAGGUUUGUGUCCAGCUGGGCAUCCAGAUGGUGGAUGGCCUUGGGAUUCAGCUGCUGUCCUUGACGCCCUAUACGCAGCACUACGACUGGGGCAAGCCGCGGAACGAAAGCAUCAUUGCAGCGCUCACGGGCCAGCAGUCCCCGCCACACAUGCUUGAGGACUCCUUCGACGAAAGCAAGCCUUUCGCCGAGCUGUGGAUGGGUGACCACCCUUCUGGACCCGCAAGGGUGGUGAGCCCUAGGAGUCCGGAACACCGAGAUGCAGCGACUGUCAAGAGGAGCACUCCCUUGCAGGACGUGAUCAAGAGAUCACCCUCACUGCUGGGGCCCUCCCUUUCAGAUUCCAAACAGUUGCCAUUCUUGCUGAAGGUGCUCUCCAUUCACAAGGCUUUGUCCAUUCAGGCACAUCCUGACAAAGUAUUGGCCGGAAAGCUGCAUAGGGAGAGGCCAGAUGUCUACAAGGAUGCAAACCACAAGCCGGAGAUAGCGAUCGCCCUGAGUGAUGAUUUUCAAGCACUUUGUGGCUUUAGGGCAGUGAGCGAGAUUGUCCAGAUGCUGCCGCGUGUGCCGGAGCUGGCAGACCUCAUCGGGGCGACAGCCGUGGGAGCGCUAGGGGCGGCUGUGGGCGAUACAGCCAAAGAAGCUGACGCGCUGCGGCAAGCGUACUCCAGCAUGAUGCACGCACCAGACGAGGAGGUCUGCAGACAGGCCCGGCGGCUCCACGAACGCGCGAAGAUUGCGACCGGUGAGCUGGCCUGUCUGCAGGACGCCUUCCAGCUGGUUUGUAAGCUCUAUGUGCAGUACCCGGACGACGUAGGCAUUUUCUCCGUCUUCUUCAUGAAUCACCUGCGGCUGAAUGUGGGCGAAUGCCUUUACAUGGCACAGAACGUGCCCCACGCGUACAUCUCUGGAGACAUCGUCGAGUGCAUGGCGUGCUCGGACAAUGUCGUGCGCGGAGGCCUGACACCAAAGUUCAAGGACGUAGAGGUUCUGUGCUCCAUGCUGAACUACGCAGGUGGGCCACCUGCUACUUUGAAACCUACACAGAUAGAGGACGGCAUCAAGCUCUAUGCUGAUUCCUGCAUAGAGGAGUUCCAGGUCACGCACUUGCACCUGCCAGCUGGAGGCCGCACCUGUCGUAUCUUCAGCAGCGAGGGCCCUGCCUUGGCGCUGAACCUUAGCGGCUUCGGCUCGAUCAGCAGCGCUGGAGAGAGACAGGAGAUCGGGGCUGGCAAGGUCUUGCUGCUGCCACCUGGCUCUGAGCCUACCUUCGAAGCGGACUCGAACAUGGAGAUCUUUGUGGCCUGCUGCCCUCCUCAGUAUUUUCAGGGCCUACGCAGGGCAAAGAGCUGUGACUGAUCACAGCCAGCUGGUUCUCA